AUGCCAAGAUCUUUCUCUGAUAAACACGAUUCAGCAGCUGUGGAGGAUCUUCUUUCACAAGCUAAAGAUGGCUACGUUUUUGAACAAGUCGCCAAACUCAACUGCUCUGGCUUCUCCGACGACUCUGCUCUUCCCUCUAAUCUCGAAACCCGUUCACGUCGUCUCAAGUCUCUUCCGGUUUCGUCUUCACCAAGGAGGCUUCUCUCUCACUCCAAGAGCAUGACAAGUUACGCGGACAAGAAGAAUCGUGGAAACGUUUCCUCUGUUUCUUCUUUUUCAAACCUAGCUAGAAACUCUUGUCCUUUGGAUGCAUCGGUUGAAGAAACCAUGUUUUUCUCAGGAUGCAAUUGCAAUCCGAAUGUGAAUACUACACGAGGUGGCGCCCUUGGAGAUUUCUAUGAUUCUGGGAGAAUUGGUUCGAGUUCAGCUAGGUUUUGUCAACAAGGUAAGAUUCUGAAUCCAACAACACAAACCCUGAACCUUCUUCCUAAAGAGAAUUCAAGAAUCACUUCAUCUUCACUAACCUCCAUUGAAUUAGCUUCCCCAUCGUCUUCUCUAAGACCGAAAGAAGGAAUGAACAAAUCGAAAUCGAGGUUUUUAAGAUCAUGGUUUGAUAAGCUAUUCCUAGCACAAGCCAUGGGUUGCUUACAGGGCAAGUCUUUAUCCAAAAUCAAAAGGACAAAAGAGAGCUGCAAAGAAGAAAUUUAUUGGGAAGAAGAAUUCAAGAAGGCGAAGAAGAGAGUCACGAAGAAGGAAUUUAUAAUUAAUGAUUUAUGA